AUGACCUCGCCCGAGGCGAUCGUUCUCGCGGUGGACUCGGAACACCUGGGAGGCGCGGAGCCGUCGACGCACACGAGGCUCAAGGUGCAGGGCAUAUGCUGCCCCAGCGAGGUGCCGCUCAUCCACUCCAUCCUGGACAAGAGGCCGGGCAUCCGCGCGGUGAAGGUCAUCGUGCCGACCAAGACGGUCUUGGUCGAGCACGCCGCCAAGGCUGCGCCCGCCGACUCCAUCGUCGACGCGCUCAACGCGGCGCGGCUGCAGGCGUCCCUCGCCUCGGCCGGGGGCGAAUCGUCAUCUCACGGCGGCGGCGACGCCUCGGACCUCGGCCGGUGCUGCGGCGCCGGUUCGACGCCCCCGGUUCCCAUCCUGCUGGCGUGCGCGUUCCUGGCGGUGUCCCUGCUGCACUACGUCGGCGGCGACUUCGAACACCUGCGCUGGGUGGCGCUCGGGGCGGUGGUGGUGGGCAUACCCCCCAUCGCGCGCAAAGCCGCCGGGUCUCUCCGCAACGGAGUCGUGGACAUCAACACGCUGAUGACCGUCGCCGUCGCGGGUGCGUGCGCGCUGCAGGACUUUGGCGAGGCUGCCGCGGUCGUCGCGCUAUUCGGGGUCAGCGAGUGGCUCGAGGACCGCGCGAUGGGCCGGGCCUCGUCCGCCAUGGGUGCGGUGUUGGCGCUGAGGCCGGAGAAGGCGCGGAGGCUGGCGUCGCCCGAGAAGGAGGUUCCCGUCGAGGAUAUCAAAGUCGGCGAGGUGGUCCUGGUCAAGCCCGGAGACAAGGUGCCCCUCGACGGCGUCGUCGUGGAAGGAUCCUCCGCGGUGGACGAGGCGGCCCUCACCGGUGAGAGCGUCCCGGUGCCCAAAUCCACGGGGAACGAGGUGUACGGCGGCACGGUGAACCAGGGCGGGACGCUGGAGGUGCGGGUGACGGCGCCGGCUGCCGACAGCGCCGUCGCCCGGCUGGUGCGACUCGUGGAGGAGGCGCAGGCGGCGCGCUCGGGGGUGGAGCGAGCCGUGGAGACGUUCGCGAGGCACUACACCCCCGUCGUGGUUCUGGCCGCGUUGCUCCUGGCCACCGUCCCCUACGCCGCCGGCCACACGGGUCCCAAGUACGCCUACAUGGCGUGCGUGCUCCUCGUGGUGGCGUGUCCGUGCGCGCUGGUGCUGUCCACCCCCGUGGUGGCCGUGUGCGGGCUCACGCGCGCGGCGAGGCGGGGUAUGCUGGUCAAGGGAUCGGCGCACCUCGAGAGGCUGGGCAGGCUGAAGGAGAUUUGCGUCGACAAAACCGGCACGCUCACCGAGGGCAGGUUCACCAUGACGCAGGUGAAACUGGCCACCCCGAGGACCGAGGGUGAAAAACCCAGACCCGCGCUGGGAGCCGGCGCGCUGCUGCGUUGGGCGUGCGCGCUCGAACUGCGGGCUUCGCACCCCGUCGCCGCCGCCGUGCUCGCGGGUAGCGGCGCGGCUGUUCGCAUCGCCGCCAAGCAGUGCAAGGUGACCGAGUUCGAGACCCUCCCGGGCGAGGGCGCGAGCGCGAGGGUGGACGGCAAGCUCGUCGAAAUCGGCGGUCCGGCUCUCGCGAGGCGGCGGGGCUGGGGACGCGACGAUCCCGCGCUCGCCGCCGCCGCGGCCGAGUGGGAGCGCGCCGGCGCCACGGCGCUGUGGGUCGGCGUGGAGGGCGACUGCGCCGGGGCGCUGCGAUGCGAGGAUGCCCUGCGCGCCACCGCCCCGGGUGCGGUGGCGUCGCUUCGCAAGAGGGGCGCGGAGGUGGUCAUGCUCACGGGUGACAACCAGGGCAGCGCACUUCGCGUCGCGCGGGCGUGCGAUAUCCCCAACGGGAACGUCCUCGCGGGAAUGACCCCGGCUCGGAAGAUGGAGGAGGUUGUGGGCCGCGUGGCCAAGCUCGAAGCCGCCGCGGGCGGUCCCAAGUCCCUCCGACGCCGUUUCAUCGGCAGGGGUACCCUCGCCAUGGUUGGCGACGGCAUCAACGACGCGCCCGCCCUGGGCGCCGCGGAUGUCGGCAUCGCCAUGGGAGUCGCGGGGUCCGCGGCGGCGAUGGAGACGGCUGACGUGGCGCUCCUCACCAACGACCUCUCCAGGGUGGCGGAGGCCAUCGCCAUCGGUCACAUGUGCCUCGUCAAGAUCCGCCAGAACAUCGCGUUUUCGAUCGUCGCCAAGGGUAUCGUGCUGGUCCUCUCGCUCAUGGGAUACACCGGACUCUGGGAAGCUGUCGUCGCCGACGUCGGGACGGCUCUCGUCGUGAUCCUGAACGGCAUGACGGUGCUCAGCGGCGUGAAGGAGUCGAAAGAGCAGGGGAACGAGGUUGAGGGUUGCGUCUCCAAGGCUGCGGAAAACGAACUCCCGGCGCACACGCACGCCCACUCCCAUGGCGGCGCCGCCGGCAACCACGGGUACUCUCACGCCGGCGCCGGUGGGGCUGGCACCGGCGGGUGCGACUCCAGCGGACAGACUGACGGGCCCUUCAGACUCAAGGGUACGGCAGGAAGCGAAGCCGAGGUCUCAUCCUGCGCGAAUAAGAAGUGCUGA